AUGCUUAGGGACCGAGAUGCCGCAGGAUUACAUGGAAAUCAUGUUCGAGGUGCUGUUAUGGAUGCGGUCGAAGAAUUUUUUGUGGAAGAUACGGUCGAUAGAGGGGAUGCUAGGGAUGGAUUAGAUUCCUCCUUUGGUUUUUAUGGAGAUAAGGAGUUGACGAAAAAGACGUAG